AUGCCUGACGUAGUCGCAAAGGUUGCCCUCAUCCAGCCAUAUAAGCAUUCACCCGCUACCAACGUUUGGAAUCGUUCAGCGCCACCAGCUCCUCUCGUUCUCGUCCAUGACGGCGGCGGUACCACCUUCUGUUACCACUUCCUGGGUUAUCUAGGCCGCCCCGUGUACGGCAUCGACAAUCCGCAUUAUGAUUCGGGCAAGGCAUGGGAGGGCGGCAUCCCUGAGAUGGCCCGCGAGUACCUGAAGCCAUCAAAGGUGUGA